UGACAGCGGAAAAGCAACCUCAGACAUCUCAGAGUAGUACACUGGCGCGCUUCCUCGGUUGUCUGUACAGAGUUGAGGGAGCUUGAGCACUGUCUGUGACACGUCUGUGCGUAAUGAUGGCGGGUGUUGUACGGUGUGUGUUGCAGCGGUUUCCCAUGAGCAGCAGGAAACGGAUCAUCGUGCCGUGCACAGGAGUGCUGCUGCCUCAGCACCUGACGCACGCGCGGACCAACAGCAGCGCCUCAGAUGUUCCUGGUGUAAAAGAACGCACUUUAGUUGCCAUCAAGCCAGAUGGAGUUCAGAGGCGUCUGAUUGGUCACAUCAUUAAACGCUUUGAGCAGCGAGGGUUCCGCUUGGUAGGUCUGAAAAUGGUGCAGGUAUCUAAAGAAUUACUUGACCAGCAUUAUGUGGCUCAUUGUAAGAAACCAUUCUACCCCAGCAUACUGCAGUAUAUGACCUCCGGGCCUGUGGUGGCGAUGGUGUGGGAGGGCCACAAUGUAAUCAAGUCAACACGUAUGCUAGUGGGAAACACAAACCCAGCUGAAGCUGCACCUGGAACUCUGAGAGGAGACUUUAGCAUUCAUGUUAGCAGGAACGUCGUGCACGCCUCUGACUCACCUGAAGUGGCGCAAAAAGAGAUCUCGCUUUGGUUUCAGCACUCUGAGCUGAUUGACUGGGUGUGUUGUGACCACGGCAACAUCUAUGGUCAAUGAGUGUGUGUUUGUUAGUUAGGUAUCUUAAUCAUUUUUUUAAAAGAAAAUUAUUUAUAAAAUAUAUUAAUACUACUGAUACAAUAUAUAUUUGAAUCAUUAGAAUUUUCUUUUUUUACAGUUCGAAAGUAAAAUUGGGUCUGUGUGCAUGGACUUUGCAUGGUCUCUGCAUUCUUAGUGGGUUUCCUCAGGUACUCUGGUUUAAUCCUGUGUUCGAAGACAUGCAGAUUAUGACUGACGUUUCUAAAUUGCCUACAGGCUUUCCAAGACCCCAUACAGGAUAAGCAGUAUAGAGAGAGGAAAUAAAAGAAUAAUAUAGGGCAUUGCAAAAUAUAGAAGAUAGUAAUGUAUAAAAACUAAGAAAUGUUUACAGUUAUUGCAGUAUGAUAAUUUUCAUAAUGAGUACAAAGAUGCAAAAGCAGUUUUAUGUGUCUUUGUUGGUCACGCCUUACUUCUUCAUAUUAAAUAAAAUGAAAUGAUGCGGAAUAAAUUUAAUAAAUGGGAACAAAUGGCUAACUACAACAGCCUGUCUAAGGAUUUAAAUUUUUUUAUAUUUUUAAAUAAAAAAAUCUGUUGUUU